AUCGUCUCGGCCUCGCCAAGAAGAGAAGAAAGGAGAAACCUGUGUGAUCAGCUUGCUGAUUAAACUGUGACUGAGCAGAGGAGUGAUUAGUUGCUACCAUGAGCAGAGGCAGCGGCAAGCUCCACGUGAGCUGGCUGUGGCGGGUGCCGCGGCGCGCGCUGCGCGCCGCGCGGGACUUGUACGUGCGCAGCCUCACCGGCUGCGCCGGCCACCUCCCGGGGGACGCCGCCUUCGGGUACCCGUCCUUCGCAGGGGUGCCCGCCUUCAGCGCCGACAGCCUCGCCUCGUCGUCGCGCCGCUCCGUGGGUGACGUUGACGACGACCUGCGGGAGCUCAUACGCGCCGCGUCGCAGCGGCGGGCAGCAGAGUCCGCGGCGGCGGCGCAGCCGGCGACCGUGCCCAGGAGCCAGAGCGUGGCCAUGACGAGGAUCGACGAGGACCGGCCGUGCGAGUUCGGCGCCGGGGCGGCGCUGUUCCCCAGGAGCCAGAGCUGCGCCGCCGGGGCCGGCCGGCUCUCCGGGCGGAGGGGGAGGGUGGCCGCUCUGGCCGCCUGAUUCUUGCGGUGCAGCGCGCGGCUACAAGGAGAUGGAGGUCCUUAUGAACAGAACAUUAUUAUUCGUACCAGCGUUCAAACUCUAUUCUUUUCUCUGCUUUUUUUGGAGGCUGCAGAAAUUGCAGCUCUGUUCUGUAAUUUGUUAUGCAAUUGUUUCUGCACCUCUCUUGUGCAGUUGUUUAUGCUCUAGUUUACUUGGAGAUUAUUGUUCUUCUUAUAUUUUCAUCUGUGGAAAUUGGAUUACUGUUCUUC